UGCCGCGAGCGUGCGCCGUCUAGGCAUUUUCGGACGGACGCUUCCUUCAUCCUGAGCCUAUCAAUCUGGAGUAUUUUAUCGGCUCGCCCGCCGCACCACGCUGCCACCGCUGCGCUGCUGCGUGGUAGCUUCUGCCUCACCUGACCUGACCUCACCUCCCCACCCCAGCGAGCAUGGCGCACUCCCUCGCCGCCGCCGCAUCCUUCUCGCCGGCCGCCGCCCGGCGCCAGGUGACGAAUGUUUCCUUCCAGAGCCACAGGAUGACUUCUGUGUCCAUUCGUUCAAGACCAAAUUCUCUUCGGCUUAAGAUUUGCUGUUUGGCUAAAAAAGAGACAGUCGAUAAGGUUUGUAGUAUAGUGAAGGAGCAGCUAGCUCUCCCUGAUGGGACUGCGCUCAGCGGCGAAUCAAAAUUCGCUGAACUUGGUGCUGAUUCACUGGAUACGGUUGAGAUUGUGAUGGGCCUCGAGGAGGCAUUCAACAUCACUGUCGACGAAACGAGCGCACAAGACAUCGCAACUGUGCAGGAUGCGGCGGACCUCAUUGAGAAGCUUGUGCUCGAGAAGGCUGAAUAAGCACCAUAAGUGGACGAUCCAACUGGACCCUUCGACCCUGUGAUCAAUGACUUUGCAUUCGAUCUCUGUUGUUCAAGUUACCCAUUUGUUGUUUCUUGAUCGUUCAAGAUAAGAUUUUGUAUUGAAUUAUUGAUGUUGCUGAGGCAAAUUAGAUGCACCAAAGACUACAUGAAGCAAAUGAAAAUGAUGUAUUCCACUUUCCAUUUGUAUGUUGUUAAACUGGCGAAGAGUCACUGCAACUGUCUUCUAGAUUUCUGAGAAGUCAUACAGUGCUUUAUAAAAAGUCUGAAUACGACGAUGUAUCGUUGACC